UUGUGUUGUCUUACAUCAAGGACUGACAACGGCAAUCGCAGAAGUAGAGCCAAUAUGGCUGUCUCAAGACCUUCUAACAACUCUGACUGGAUGAUGCAUCCAAGCUUUGUAUUUAAAACAUUUGAAGAAUCAUUGAUAAAGUCACCCUUCCCUUACAGUAACACGCCACAUGUUGUUCCAGAGAAAAUUUUAGAGUCAUUUGUUGAUCAGAAUGGAAUCCGAUUUUAUCGUGUUAAGUGGGUUGACAAUUGGUUAACAGAACAGCAUGUAAGUGCAAACUUCCCACAUCUUAUGACGGAAUAUUGGAUCAAUAAGCCCAUCAAUGAUGUUGAUUACCAAGCUUAUCCAAAUCAAGCCAGAACGACAUUGCCAAGCUUACCUUUAACCAUGCCAGCCUCGCUUUCGAUUACUAAAACAGCUCGAACUGAAACUAAAGCCCAGACAAGCUCUGCUACGUUGCAUCAUAUAACUCCCCAGCCGUCUUCAUCUAUUAUGUCGAUACCCCAGUUGUUUAGCAACGACAACAACAAACAACAAAGUACUGGUGCAAACCUCUUGUCAGCAAAAGCCAACGCAGAAACAGACUUUAUAGUUGGCGAGAGUUUAAAAUUGCCAGAAAAACUGAAUAUCAAGUCUGAUUUAACCGCAUUGAAGGGGAAAAAAAGCGAGAUGGAGGAGAAGAACCUCCAGCUUCCUAAAUCAACAGACAACUCAAUUAUUUUGUUCUUGGACAAAACUAAUUUGUAUGAAGUCCAGUCUCCUAGUAAGAAAAAAGAUACUAGUGUGUUUGCGAGUAAGCCUCCAGUCGGACCUGCGUUGACGCCUUCUUUCGAUAAUUCGUUGCAUCAGUUCGUAAAUCAAGCAGCCAUGCAACUACCACAGAUGGACCACUUAAAUUCGCAGCGUCAUCAGGCCGCAUUGUCACAAAUACUGGCAGAAAGUGGCGUUGAGGAGAGAAGAACGAGCAUUGCAAAGAAAGUAAUUACCAAACAGCAGCAGCCGCAACAACAACAACAACAACCGGCUACUCCUAAAGACAAGCAGCCGGUAACUUGUGAUAUUUGUGGCAAGUCGAUAUCGUCUCGUAAAAAUCUUCGCGUACACAAAACUGUUAAACAUUUUAAAAACGGAAACUUUGCGUGUAACGUAUGCGGCAGAAAAUUUGCUUUGAAUCGCGAUUUGAAAAGGCACAUGCCGCUACACACGAACGAGAGAAAGUACGUUUGUCCUUACUGCGGAUUACAGUGUAAACAGCCAGGACACUUGACCAAGCACAUACGUACCCAUACUGAAGUUAUGAACUGGCGUUGUGACUGCUGUUUUAAAAACUUUAAAGUUCAGGCUGACUUGAAAGAGCAUUGUUUUACGGAACACGCUAACAUAAAAGAUAGAAACUUGACUUGUUCCGUUUGCAAAGAGAAACUCAAAUUGCCGAAUUCUGUUUAUUUGCAUAGUUUGCGACAUUCUGGAGUGCGCGAGUUCGAAUGUCAUAUAUGCAAGGCCACUUUUAAGUUGAAACAACACAUGCAGGUUCAUUUAAAAACCCAUGAGAAACCUAAAGAACCUGAAAAGAUUUCUUGUGAGAUCUGUGAGAAGCAGUUCAAAUUUCGGCACAUGUACGAACGCCAUUUGGCGAAGCAUGUUGAAAAAACUGCUGAAGAAUAUCAGGAAAACAAGAGACUAAAAGAAGAGGAAAAAAGAAGCAAGCUGGAAAAAAAGAGGAUUGCGGAUAUGGAGAAACGGAGACGCGGUUCAAAAUCGGGCGACGACGAUUCUGACUCGGAUGUCGAACGGGGUGGUCGGAAUCUUUCAAAAAGGAAACGAAGAAAGCCUUCACGAGUCCUGUACAACGAAGAGCUCAAAACCAAGCUUCUGGUAAGGCAAAAGGCGCUUUUAAAAAAAGAAAGUGUAUGCCCUCAUUGUAACGAAUUGUUCAAAUCUAAAGCCUUGUUGAACUCGCACGUUAAGUCGCAUAAACAAGACGUUCCAGCUGAAAAUGGGCCGAACGUGGUGCAAGAGAAUCCCAAUGUGGGUACGAAAACACUCCAAGAAAAUGGUAGCGACGACGAAUUCAUAUUCGAGCCCGUUGAUUCAGAAGCUGCUGUUCUAAAAUUAACAAGUGUUAAUAGCGGUAGCGGAACACGCACCAAUGAUGUCAGUGAUGUUUCUACUUAUGAAAACAAAAGUGCUUUGAUGGAUCCCUGUAACGAAAUCGAGACAAAUAAUACUACUGCGACUAAGCCAAACGAAAUACUAUCGAACCCAUCUGUUACGCCGAAUGCUAAUAAUACCACACAACAAAUCACUCAAGCAGUGGAAGUUGUAUCACGAUCUCAACCGUUAAUAUCUAAUACGAAUGACUCUCAACUGCCACUAUCUAGUAACAAUGACUCACUGACAAUGGCUGCUAAUAAUGUCAUUGCGGAAAUUCUAAUUGCAGCUCAUCAUGCUAAUGCUAGAGCAUCCGUUGCAGAUUUUGCACCCUCAGCUUCAAUAAGAGAUGCAACACCAACCCUUCCAACUGUACUGCCGCCGAUAGGAUUAACAAUACCCGGUCAUGGUGUGGACGAUAGACUGUCUGUUCCUAACGAUUUCACAAAAGUUGUACCUCCCUCCCCCUCUGGAAGUAGUCAAAUUGAGGCGUCAAACGAAAAGUCUUAGAGCACACUACCAAUAUUGUUUAAACACAACUUUGUCUGAUGUUUUACCCAUGAACACAAUGUUAUACAUUUACUUUUAGUAGAGUUUGCAAUUAAUCCUGUACAGUUCACCUAUAUUUGUAUUUAUUUCUUCUAUCAGAACACUCAAUAUUUGAA